UGAUUUCUAAACGAAAAUGUAACUGUCAAUGUCAAUAACUUAAUCUUAUCGGCUUUUUACUUUUAGCCUUUUUUAGCUCUUUAAAUUGGAAAAAAUAAGAUAAAAUAAUCAAUAAACCUGCAUUAAAGUUAUUUAAUAUACUACAUCAAACAUGUGGCCCUUAUUAUUAAGGUUUUUAAGGACAAAUGCUCCAUAUAUAACACUGCCUGUGGCGGCUGUCGUCGGUGUUAUAGGCUACAACUUAGAAAGUUUAUUAUCAGACAAAUAUACUCCCUAUAGCAAAUCAGUACAAGACCAAAGAUUGGAGCGUCUAGUCGAUGAUGAGACACUCAAGGACCCAACGAAAGUAGAGAAAUUGAGAUACAAAGAAAAUGUCCUCGGUAGAAAUGUUUCUCCGUCUUUACAAGACAAAGAUUAACAAUCAAUGUCCUUUCUAUUAAAUUUUAAGGUCUUUCAGACUUAUUUAUUUAGAAAUUAGGCCUGACAGGCACUUUUUCAUGUCAAAUUCUAAAUUGAGCAUUUCUUAAUGGCCAUUUCUGACAACAAAUUAUGUAAGAAAUUAAUAAAAUGUAAUUUUUUUAAAUAAAUAAAAGAUUGGCGGUAGAAUGAAGGGGAGGUCUUUGCCCAGCAAUGGGACCCAUCAAUAAGCUAAUAAUAAUAAAAAUAUUCGGUUAUCAGCUGAAGGAUUUGCGGAUUUUUAAACAGCUAACAACAUAUUCCCUUAGUGUUAUUUAAACAAUCAAUAAAGUGUUCAUAUUUUAUGACUUACUUUUCUUCAAAUAUGCUGAUGAUCUGAAAUAUUCAUUUAUAUAUCACCUGUGUACAUACUAACACAAAUGGUUGGUUGCAUUGUAAAUAGUAAUUAGUUUAGAUUUUGUUGAAUAUAUUUUUGUUACGUAA